AACGGAGCGUUCAUGACUACGUACCUCGGCAAGAAAUUCAAUGUGGCGGAAAGUGUCUCUACUUAAAAAAAAAACUGGAAUAUUUCACUAUGAUGUAUACCAUAAACAGCUGAGAAACAUUUAAAUAUUUUUACGAGCUUCCAAACAUUAUGCCUGUGGACACAGAGUCGGACAACGUUCGGGUGGUUGUGCGAUGUCGUCCCAUGAACGAGAAAGAGGUUUCCUCUCACUGUGGUGUGGCAGUGAACGUCGAAGAAGGUCGAGGAAUGAUAACCGUGAAGAACUCUGGUGCUCGGUCAGGGGAACCACCAAAACAGUUCACUUAUGACAGAGUGUUUGGCCCAGAUACGAAGCAAGUUGAUGUUUACAACGAUGCAGCCAGGCCGAUUGUCAACUGUGUCCUGGAGGGUUACAAUGGUACAAUCUUUGCAUAUGGACAAACAGGGACAGGGAAAACUUUUACAAUGGAAGGGGUCAGGACAGUUCCUGAACUACGUGGAAUAAUCCCAAACUCAUUUGCACAUAUAUUUGGACAUAUUGCCAAAGUAGCUGGUGACAUAAGGUUUCUUGUACGAGUGUCAUAUUUGGAAAUCUACAAUGAAAACGUGCGGGACUUGUUGGGCAAGGAUCAGAAUGCAAAAUUAGAGGUCAAAGAGAGACCCGAUGUUGGAGUUUAUGUAAAGGACUUAUCUACAUAUGUCAUGAACAAUGCUGAUGAUUUAGACAAGACAAUGACAACAGGGAACAAAAAUCGUUCUGUUGGGGCUACAAACAUGAACGAACGAUCAUCACGCUCUCAUGCCAUCUUUACCAUAACUGUGGAGUGCAGUGAAAAGGGGCCUGAUGGCCAAAAUCAUGUACGCAUGGGAAAACUGCAUCUUGUGGACUUGGCUGGAUCAGAACGACAAGCAAAAACUGGGGCAACAGGUCAGCGAUUGAAGGAAGCAACACAGAUCAAUUUGUCUCUUUCCACCCUUGGCAAUGUUAUAUCUGCACUGGUGGAUGGAAAGAGUACUCACAUUCCUUACAGAAACUCUAAACUUACAAGAUUGCUACAAGACUCAUUGGGUGGGAAUUCCAAGACAGUAAUGAUUGCUAACAUUGGCCCUGCAGAUUACAACUUUGAUGAAACAAUAAGUACCCUCAGAUAUGCAAACCGUGCCAAAAAUAUCAAGAACAAAGCUAAGAUUAAUGAAGAUCCCAAGGAUGCACUGCUGAGAGAAUUUCAGAAGGAGAUUGAAAGACUUAAGGCACAGCUUGUGGAAGAGGGAGGCGGUGGUGAGGAGGAAAGUGAGUCUGAGGAAGAAGUUGAAGAAGGUGGAGAAAUAGUCAAAAGGAAAAAGAAACACAGAAAAAAAAGCAAGCAUGCUCUUCCACCUGAGAAAGUUAAAGAACUUAGAGCUAAGAUAGAAGCAGAAAGAGAAAAUCUGCAACAGAAAACAGACAUGGCAGAGGAAGAGAGAAAUAAGGCUGCAGAAGAACUAGAAAAGAGAGAGAAGGAUAUCAAGGAUUCUGAAAUGGAACACAUACGACUUCAAGAGAAACUUAAGGCUGUGGAAAGCAAGAUUAUUGUUGGGGGAGUGAAUCUGCUGGAAAAGGCCAAAGAACAAGAGCUCCUCUUGGAACAAUCUGCGAAAGAACUCUCUGCUAGAAAGCAAAGAGAGGAAGAAUUGCAGAAACUUAUUGAAGAAAAAGAGCAAGAGAGAAUUGACAUUGAGGAAAAGUAUGCAAAUCUUCAAGAAGAAGCUGCUGGGAAAACUAAGAAGCUUAAGAAAGUUUGGAGCAUGCUUAUGAGUGCAAAAUCAGAGAUGGCAGACCAACAACAAGAACACCAGCGUGAAACAGAAGGUUUGUUGGACAGUAUUAGGGAGCUGCGGAAAGAACUUCAGUUUGAAACCAAGCUGAUUGAGAGCUUCAUUCCUCUUGAAUUUCAGGAUCUAAUUGAGCAGCAUGUAUCAUGGAAUGAAGAAUUAGGAGAAUGGCAGCUUAAAUUUGUGGCAUAUUCUGGGAACAACAUGAGAAAAGCCUCUCCAAGUCCAGAUCCUAAAGACAAGAACAAGGAGCUCAAUGAAACAGAUUUAUCCAGUGUGUACUUGACUUAUGAACACAUGAACUAUGCCUUGGGGUAUGAUGAACCUGCGGCAAGACCCAAAAGUAGCCGUCCAAAGUCAUCCCGGCCAAAGACAGCGGGCAGACCAAAAACUGGGAAAAAAAAAAAGUCAGAAGGUGAGGAUGGAGUAAACAAAAAGAAAGAGGAUGAUGCACAGAAAUACCCACAGUCCAAAAGGCUUUUGAGUCCAAAGAAACACUUUGCUUAGUAAUUCACAUCUACACUUCAGUAGAAACUGAGUUUAUAUUGAUCAAAAGUUAUAUUUUUUUGCAUUGUGAAAUCAGGAUUUCAAAGCUAAUGGUCACUUUGAUCAUACACUCCAUGCCAUUUCCUUUCUUCGCUGCAAGUAACUUGAAUGAAUGGCUGAGACAUUCCUGUUGGUCUUGCAAAGACAGAUGAAGAUAAUUUGGUUUUAUCAAUUGAGUUGAUAAUGUAAAUUGCCUCUUGUAAAGAGUUUCUACAGCUGACCUUGAGCAAAGGGCUAAUGUUAGACACAUCAACCCUGGAAACUCCUAACCAAGGUCAACUCAACUCAGUUAAUAAAAUCAAAUUAUCUUGUUGAACUGCUCUUCCCCCCCUCCCCCCCCCCCCCCCCAGUUUCUUUAGAAACUUACCCCUUUUAUUCAGAUGACAGAAGACCCUGCUGGCAUUGAAUACAUACUUCAUUCAAUCCACUUGUUAUGGCAAAAGUGGUUCAUGUGUCAAAAUUGAAUGUGUGGAACAUGUGUCCCAUUUUAAUUCUGCCACAUAACAAUGUCUCAAGAUGGAGAUAAUAAACUUGAAUGUUUAUUUCUUUCUUACAUCCUAAUCAUUUAUGCUUGCAUUGUGUUUACCUACCACAUCAACAUGUGAUCAAGUGUUUUUGGAAAAUUGUGGCGUGUUUAUGUCGUUUAAUAUUUUUAUUUGUGCUAUUUAUUUGAGAAUAAGAUACCAUGUACAUAGUACUGUAAUUACAGAUAUGAACCACCAUCAAAUAAAUUAUUCAUGCAAAGGAUAAUGAAAUUAAUUAAAGAUACUGAACCAUA